AUGGACCCCACUGCAGCCGAAGACGCGGCGAUCGAUGCCACAGAGAAUACUCCACACGAUCAUGGCCGCGGUCCUCUACGAGCUGCUGAUCUUCUGCCCAAGGGCCCUCCCCCACCAAUGCCCGUUGGAGGUGCGACCAUGGCCUCCUCUCACAGCGCUCGAGCCUCUGACGAUCCACAGCCUGCGCAGGACACAGACGACGACAGUGACGACGAGCCAGAGCGGCGGUGGCCUACGGUCCUUGAAACUGACGAGUCCGGCAGGCAAUGCCAUGUCCGAGUUGCCGGACCUCACCUGCCAAAUGGACGCUUUGCUGAAACCACCAGCGAAUCUGCAGAGGACAGUGGCUCCGGCUCCGAUGAUGGUGGCAGCUCCUCUCGCAACUCCUCAACGUGGAGCGACAACAGCGUGUGCCUGGUGGGACCAGCACUUCAGGAAGCCCUCGGCCACUUCUUGGGUCUCUACCGCAUGGAGCUUGCAGCCACUGUUCCGGGAAUUACGAGCCGCUCUCAGGGUGCCAGAGUUGGUGCCUUACGGCGCCGACUAUCAAGCCAAGAUUGGUGGCGGCUGCAGCGAGCAGCACACGCCUCCCUCUCUGGCGAAAGACUGCAGCAAUGGGCGGACUGGGAGUAUGCUCACACCCACCCACGCCGGCCUCGUCGUGCUCAUCGUGCCCGAGACCCUGCAGAUGACGAUAAGCCUCCUCACAGGAACCUCAGCCAAGUGCAGAGUGGCUCUUUUACGCCCACGGCUGCUGCAGCAGGUGGGGUGCGGAUUCCUCCUGGCUUCGCGGCAGGAGGGGAACCCGUCGCUACUGCGGCGGGGAAGCAUCGCGACUUAGUGCCGCCCCAGGCGCCAGCUACCCAGUCGACUGCCAAACGCGCGGUGCGCCGCACUACGCUUGACAGGAACACAGGCCUCUUGUUUCUCUUGAAGCGCAAGGCCUUCCAGGACCCCCGCUUCUUAGACAUUAAUCCAGGUAGGCGUACCCGCCCUGCACAAACGCCCGCAUACAAUGCACAAGCCCUGUGCUCCGCAGCGCGCUCCGGAGCCCCGUUGGCUCAGGAGCUGCAGCACCGAGUCGGCCUUCGGCUACAGGACGUCGACACGUCCGUGCUUUCAACCGCACACCAGCAUGUCAAUCGCAUCCUUCAAGAGGAGACCUGCGCGCUGUUUCCAGCUCAGCCUGCUCCAGACCACCGCAUCAGCGCUCAGCCUGCAUUUCGUGUCACUGCACGGGCUGUGUGGGGCCUCUACCACGCCUUCAAACGCUCAGGUGUGUGCACCUUCCGCAACAUCUUCGCCAAGUGGCGACUUGCCACUCAGUUCGCCAGAGCCUCAAAAGCCCUCCGCCAAAGCAGUCAGCAGCUUAAGAAGCAAUUCUUCCAGGGACAGGUUGAAGACGCCGAACUUGCGGCCAGCCGAGGGGAUCAAAGAGGAAGACUCCGGGACGACUCCGGUCGUCUCCUCACCCGCGAUGAGGAGCUAGAAGCCAUCGUCCAAUAUGGUAAUGACGUAAUCAUACCUGCCGCCGAUCUGGCAGCUGAGCUGUCCAAACUUGGGCCUGCCAAGGCUGUUCCCAAGCACAUUGUCCUGAGUCAUGCCUUGACUCUGCAUCUUCGCCAGGGCACCAGUGCCCCCCUGGACACAGACUGGAAGGUCACUGAGCUCGUCAGCCGAACCCGUGCCACUCGCUUUCAGCAGCAGGCCGGCCAAAAGACGCGCGGCUGCGCCGGAGGCGUCAGCCUCUCCUUGGAUUUGUCCAAGGCCUUCGACGGGGUCACACGUUCUCACAUUUACCAGGAAAUGAGGAAACAGGGCGUCGAUUCAUCCGUUAUCACAAUCGUUCAGCAAUUGCACCAUCGCGCCCGGUACAUCUACCGAGUUGGUGACAGUCAGGGUUCUACCCUCACCACCAAUGGAAUCAAGCAGGGCUGUGUGAUAGCACCUUAUCUUUGGAAUUUCUUCUCCCUUGCUUUUCUUCUUCUUUUGCGCGAUCAGAGGGAUUUGUCCUGGAUUCAGAGGGUGUUGUCACUCUUCGCUGAUGAUGCCUGGGGAGCUUGGGUUAUUGCCUCGGCGGCUGACUUCCAACAAGCCCUUUCCGACAUCACUCUCAUCCUUGAAACUCUCGAAUCCCUUCAUAUGAUCGUCAACUUUGAUAAGACAGCAAUCCUUCUUCACCUGGUUGGCAAGGAGUCCAAGAAACUUCGGCGGAACCACACCUUCAUGAAGGCGGGGCAGCUUCACUUGCGUCUUUGGGUGCAUGGUCGUGAACAAGCCAUUCCCAUUCGGGAUCAGCACGUCUACUUAGGCACUAUAGUGACCUAUCAUAGUCGGCUUGAACGCAACAUGGAGCACCGCAUCAAGGCCGCCCGUGCCAAUUACCAGGGCCUCCGCAAGCUGCUGAACGGGGCUCACGCCCUAGACACGGAUCAUCGCAUACGACUGUGGAAAGCAUGUGUCUGCUCCAGCGUUAUGUACUCCCAGCAUGUGGUCGGAGUGACCGCUAAAACCCUUAAGCGCUUGACUACGGUGCUCACCAGGCAUCUUCGUGCCAUCCUCCGGGUGCCGGCUCACUUGACGCAUGUCACCAAUCAAGCCGUGUGGCAUCAAGCCAGCCUGCCGAUGCCAGGCUGGACCAUCCAGUGUGCUCUGCUACAGCAUCAAACCAAACUGCAGCAGACAGCCGCAUCGGGGACCGACAUUACCAGCACUCCCCAAGCUCUUGCACAUGUUGACAUCCUUGCCGGCCGUCUUGAGGCGCUGCUCCUCGAAGCUGCCCAGACUCUCGCCACCGAGGCGGUAAGCGCACCGUCCAUCAGCAUGCCGGCCUGCCGUCUCUGCCAGCGACAAUUCUUCAGGUGGACUCACCUUAAGCUCCACAUUGAAACCGGAGCCUGCGCAGCCCUGGGAGGCGACAGCAUGAUUCGCGCGCCGCCUUUGGAGGCACACGCACCUGCGCCGAUCAAACCACCUCCCACCGCGGGACUUGCAGUCUUUGCGGAAGAAAACGUCAUGCACCUGCCUCUGAUCAAGCGUCAAGCUUUUCUUGCAAGCUUGGGAAACUGGGAAAAGUGGUUGUCUGUGCCUGAGCUGCGCCAGGAGCUCAAGAACUACUGUUCGAUUUGUCACAUGAUGUACGGGGAUCCACUGACGAUGGACGCCUUUGCCCACGAGGAGGCCGAGAUCUUUGCCAAUCUGUGGACCGGGCCGGAGCCUUACCUGGAGGACGGCCGCUCUCAGAAGCGCCAGAGACCGGAGCAACACCGCUGGAGCAUGCCGCCAGCCCAGCGACCGAAUCAGCCACAUCAUCGUGGAGGCCCGCCUCCACCACGGCCGAUGCAUCCACUCCAGAAUCACAUCAACCUGCUCGGCCGCGUCGUCCUGCAGCAGGAGGACAUCAUCAGCCGCUUGCGCAACGACAAGAACUUCGUGUUGUUCCUGCGCAACGACGCCAACGGCACACUGGGCACGCUCAUGCGCAUCUCUCGCGAUUGGAAGGCCAAGAAGUCACUGGAGCCGGAGCAGCUCAAAUCUCCUCUUCGCACGGUGCUCAUAGCCUGCAUGAUCCGCGAGCUCAUGAACCUGGCCCAGCAGGCGGUAGCCACGGAGGAGGCACGCAACAAGCAUGUCACCUUGGAAUGGCUCAACUCGGAGGGGAAUUGGAACUACCGCCGAUGGAAUCCGGCCGAGCGCCGACUGGAAGUCGACAAGACCCGCUCGCCUCUGCAGCAUGCGGAGGCCAUACGUCUACUCAACUUCCUCCUGAAGUGCAUGACAGGCGACAUCGUGCAGCGCUUUGCAGCGUCCAAAACUCUCAACUUCCUCGAGCAGCAGGGAGCCCAGGUCGCCACCUUCCACCUGGAAAUCUCUUUGCGCGGUUCCCGGGCGCAAGAAGUGUACGAUGCCCUGGACCGAUUCACGGGCAGCACACUGAUGAAUCUCAUCGGAGUCUCGAUGAAACGGGACACCAUGCCGCGCUCUCCUCUGGCCAAGAAGCUUGCGGAGCAAGUCUACCCGAGCCAUCAGGGCCCGCGCCCCCUUCAGAGGUAA